AUGCAAACGUAUUCGUUGCAGGAACAAGAAUACGGACAAUUGCUCAAAGCAGAUAUUGAUGAGGCGCAUCGUCGUAAAAUGGAAACAUUGAAGGAUAAGAAUCCAAAUGAGAUUCGUGAAGUGUAUCGUUGGAUGAACGCGGUUCGUUUCGCCGAUCCCUCCAAGAAAUUUCGUCUCAAACGUCGGGCUGUCAUCGAUGAAGAGCAACGUGAAGAGCAACAGAGGCGUGAUGCUCUCGCUAAUGGUCAAACACUAUCAGAGCAGUCUACCUCUAGUAUUGAGUCUGAAAAGAGUCGUCAAUCUCGUACAAAUGAUCUGAAUACCGAGGAAAAUAUCAAAACUUCGCCAUCAUUUCGACCAAGUUCGUUCUAG